GAAAAUUGCAAAUGGUGGCGUUGUAAACACAUGAUUGCACGCGAAUGCGGCUCAUUGUAUCACUUAUCUGUCAAAAGUAGUGAGAGUUGGUUGCAUUACCAAAGUAAUGCUCUUUAAAAUCUCUUGAAAAUUUCAACAAAAAAAAAAUUAUUUUUUUUUCUAAUUCCACGUGAUAAUUAUUUUUCCAAUAAACUUUUGAAAAAUUGAAAUGUGUUUUUUUUCUCUUUUGUUAAAAAAAGUUCUUUACCUAACCCUUAUUAUGUGAGAGUUAUAUAUAUAUACAUAUACAUAUAUGUGUGUUUUGUAAAAUUGACUUGAGGGGAAAAAAAAAUAUGUGGCGUGAUCGAGGAUUUUUUUGUUACCUCAUUGUUGUCUCUUUUCUACUUUCACCAUGCACUUCAGAAUGGAAGCCAAAGGAAUGCAACGCACAAGAAAUAAUAACAUCAUGUGGAGAAUUAGAGCGAUGUGUAAUGAGUUCAAAUCCAAACGGCACAUCUUGGUGUCAAUGUUUACGAGGUUAUGAAUUACGAGAUGGAAAGUGUGUUCAAGCGCCAACCACAGAGAAGGCCCCAACGACGACAGCGAGGCCUGAGAACAAAUCGAGCUCUGGAGGAAGUUCAGUGGCCGCUGGCCUUUUAAUUCUAACGUUCCUCGUGAUCCUCGGAGCGUUCAUUUACAUGGGCGCAAGACGAUACAAAUGGCUUCAGCGAUUUAGACAAUAUCGUCAAAAUCGCUACGGCAAUGUCCUAGUCACAAGAGAUGACACCGACGACGAUGAUCCUCCUAUUUCGUAAAGAGUAAAAAAAAUAAAACAGAAAAAAAAAUUCACAUUUAGAAAUGAAUUACCUCGCAGAUUCGGCUGCGAUUAUAUCGAAUAAUAUACAAUAUAUUUAUGCACGCCUGCCAUCUGUGCCGACCAAAAAAAAAUAAUAAUAAUAGACGCGAAAACUAACGAGUUGUUAAGUUUUCAAAAACGUCUCCUUAGUUUUCGCUAUCUUCGCUAUCUAUUUACAGAAAAAAAAAUAAAUCCUGAAAAAAAUUUUCUAUAUAUAUAAUGUUCUUACUAAUUUCCAUAAGACAAUACUAGCAAAAAAUUUUAUUUCAAUUGUACGCCGAUUUAAGAAAAAAAAAACUGUUUUUCUUUUUAAAUCAAGAAAAAUUGACGCCGAGGGUGAUGAGGCCAAAAUAGAGCUUUAUGUGAGUGACAAUCUUUGAAAAUUACUCACCUAAGUUCACGAUAUGUAUAUGUAGCGUGCGAUAAUUUUUUGUGCUAUUGAGUGCAAAUGACUGACUGAGUUGUGUGAAAUAUUUUUUUUUUUUUUUUGAACUCUUCACGGGUCAGUAAUUUUUUUUUUUGCAAAUAUAUAAUAUAAUGAUUUUAGGAAAGAAUAAGACAAACAAUUGGAACAAAAAGUUAAUUCAAUUUUUGUAUUUCCAAAAAAAAAUUUAAAUUUUUGAUGCAUUUUUAGGGGAAAAGAAAUUUUUUAAAUAUUUCAAUUAAAAAUUUCUAUUUGAGAAAAAAAAUUACAAUUUUCUGUCCUGUAAGAAACGGUUUAACAUAAUCUAAAAUUUGAACCUUUCCCGCCAAAAAUGUAUUUAAAAUUUUUGUUUUUUUUUUAUUUAAAAAAUACAAUUGAAUUAAUUUAUGUUUUGAUUGUACCUCAGAUUUAUUCUUAAUGGCGCUUUCGUCAAUUGUGAUCACAACAACACUUGUUUCUCAAUGGUGCCCGAAUUUCGAGAGAUUUUUGUUUUUAAUUAUUUUUAGAUAUAAUAAGUGACAAUCGAUAAUUUUGCAAAAAAAGGGAAAAUUAAUUAAUUAUUUAUAAUUGAGUUUUUAAGCACUUUUAUUUUUGAAUUGACUAUGGGGCGCAUUAACACAUAAAUAUAUUAUUAAUUAGACUUUUUAUUUUAAACUAUUUUAUUAGAAAUAAUUAUUUUUUAGACGAAUUUUCUAAUUCGCAUUUAAUAGUUCUUUUUAUACCAAUUUUUAACAGAAUUUUUAUUUUACAGUUAUUUUAUUUACACAAUUUUUUAUUUAAGAGAAUUUUCAUUCAAUCGAAUUUUAUGUGAUUCGAAUUUUUAAAUGACAAAAAUUCCAAUUUAUCGACUUUUAAUUUGUUCGAAUUUUUUUUUUUACAAAUUUUUAAUUGUACAAAUUUUUAAUUAAUCGAAUUUUUAAGACGCUGAAUUUUUAUUUGUCUGAAAUUACAAAUGACCGAAUAAACAAUCGAAAAAAAGAUUUCGGUGCAAGUUUUAAAAUUGACCGAAACUAUCAAGAAAAUCGUGAUUGGUCAAUUUCAAAAAAUUGCGCCGAAAUCGAUUGUUUAUUCGGUCAUUUGUAAUUUCGGACAAAUGAAAAUUCGGCGUCUUAAUAAUUUGUACAAUUAAAAAUUUGUACAAAUGAAAAUUCAGACAAAUUAAAAUUCGGUGAAUUAAAAAUUCGAUAGCUAAAAAAUUUUCGUAUGUAAAAAUUCGUGUAAAAAGAAAAUCUGUCAAAUUUUAAUUCGAAAAUUGAAAAUUCCGUCUAAAAUAUAAUUAUUUCUAAGAAAAUUACUUUAAAAUACAAAUUCUAGUUAAUGAUUUUUAUGGGAAAAUCAUUCGCCUCGAUUUUAUACAUUCCUAAAAUAUAUUAAAAGAAGGUUAAAUUUUUUUUUCAACAAGAAAUCGGACAUAAUUUAAAAAUAAAAAAAGAAUUACAACUGACAUAAAUAUUGAAGGCAAUAUAGAAAAAAAUGAGUUUUAUUUAAAAAAAAAAAAUCGUCCGCCAUAUUGGAUCCGCCAUUUUGAAGUUUUGAAAACAUAAGAAAAUAAUCCUAAAAACAUUUUUUUCUAUAUUUUCUAUAUUUAAAUUCUAAAAUUGACUUACAAAAAAAGUGUUUAAAACCGAAACAAAAUUUAUAGUAAAUUUUCUUUUUUUUUUAUUAUAAUUAUUAUUUUUUUAUUUUAAGCAUAAUUGAAAAUUGAAGCACUUAAAAUUAGCAAAAAUUAUCGAUCGUAAAUUUUGUAAAUUGAGUAAUAUUAUCGGCAAUGUUGCGAGAAAAAUUAUCGCCUAUAAAAAAAAUAAUAAAUCCAAGAAACGUGACUUAUUAAAAAAGAUUUUUUUUUUCCUUUUUUUUUUUUUUAGUUAAUUGUCGAUAAUUUAUUGUGAAACAUUCGAUAAUGUUUCUCUAUUUUUUCAACUCUCAACUAUAGUGUUUGUUCAUCUGUUAACUUAGAGUUUAUUUUUACAAAAAAAAAAAAGUCGAAUUAUAUUUUUCUUGAAAUUUUUUUUUAUUGAAGAUUAUUAAACGCGGGAUUUUAUUUUCCAAGUUAUAAUUACGUAAAAAUUUUUAACGAUUUUUAAACAAGAUUUUUUUUUCUUUUAAUCUGAAAACUUGGAAAUUAUUAAAUUGUUAAUUUUUGUUUAAAAAAAAGCUACUUUUAUUGAAAUUUCGAUUGAAAAGUGAUGAACAAUCAUAAUUUGUUUCUCUAAUUUGUGCUUCCAACAAGUGUAAUGAUAUACAUAUUAUAAAUAUUAUAUAGAAAAAUAUGUAAUAAUUUAAUCUUGUACCAAAUUAGUGAUAAGUUUUUUCUACUAUAGUUAUAUAUAUAUUUGUGUCAUUUUGUAACAUAACGAAAAAAUUGUAAAUAAUUCGAUUAAGUCCGUCAAAUAUCGAAUAUAUAUAUAUUCUUGCCAGUUAUAUAUUAUUGUAUUUUAACUUUGAAAUAUUUUGUACAUUGAAGAAACUUUGUAGAGCGGAAGUGAGUCAUUUUUUUUUAUUAUUAUUACUUGUAAUAUGUGUAAAUUCAGGAAGAAGUGACUUAUUUUUCGGUCGACGAGAGCCAUUUAGUAGUGAUAGGAUAUCAAAAAAUUGGGCGCAUUAUUAUCCCAUAAAAAUUAGUUCGAAUUUUUAUUUGAAACAAUUUUAUGACAUAUAAUUAUUUUUUAGACGAAUAGAAUUUUAGAAUUUCACACAAUUUUCUCUUUAAACAAAUUUUUAUUUGUACAAAUUUUUAAGACGCUGAAUUUUCAUUUGUCCGAAAUUACAAAUGACCGAAUAAACAAUGCGCAAUUUUUAAAAUUGACCAAUCACGAUUUUCUUGACAAUUUUUGAUUAGUCAAUUUUAAAAAACGCGCCGAAAUCGAUUGUUUGUUCGGCCCUUUGCAAUUUCGGACAAAUAGAAAUUCGGCGUUUUAAGAAUUCUUAAUAAUAAAAAUUUGUUUAAAGAGAAAAUUAUGUCAAAUUCUAAUUCGAAAAAUGAAAAUUCGUAUAAAAAAUAAUUAUAUCUCAUUAAAUUCUUUCAAAUCAAAAUUCUAACUAAUUUUUUAUUGGAUGCGCCCCAAAAAAAUUAUUUUGUUUUUUUCUAAUAUUUCAAUAAAUCAAUUACAAAUAUUGAAUUUUUAUAUUAAAUGUAUAGAGUACAUAUUAAAUCCUAUACAUUUUUCAUUGAUAUUUCGCAUUUUCUAGGGACGCAUGAAUAUUUCUAAAAAAAAAAAUUUAUUAGCUAGAAUUUUACAUUUACUGGAAUUUUUAGUACAAUGCAUUUUUCUUUUUGUCGAAUUUUCAUUUCUUCGAAUUUGAAUUUAAAUUAACACUAAUUUCUUUAUUUAAGACGGCUUAAACACUUGACAUAACCUCAAAACUUGACUAAAAAAUUGUUUAUCAAUAAAUAAAAAAAAUCGACCGAAAUUGUAAAUUGACGAUAAAAAAAAAACUAAUAACAAAAAUAUUUUGUAGUGAAUUUUUUGAAAUUAACCAAUCACAAAUUGAUAAAUUUUGAUUCGUCAAUUUUAAAAAUCGCGCCAAAAUCUUUUUUGUCAAUUAUUUAUUCGGUCAAAUAAAAAUUCGGAGAAAUAAAGAUUGACAAUAAAUUGGAAAUAUAUUGUGGCGUUUAAAAAUUAUUUGAUUCAAUUAAAAUUCUGUCAAAAAUUCAAUGAUUUAAAAAUUAUAUUAACUGAUAAUUUUGUUUAAAAAAAAAAAAAAUUCUAUGAAAUUGGAUCAUUCGAAAAAAUGAAAAUUCGAAUAAUAAAAAAUUUUAUUUAAUUAAAUUCUUAAAUUUUAAAUUCAUUCAAAAUAAAAUUUGAAAAAAUUUUCAUGAAAUAUUUAUGCGCUCCAAAUCAAACAUAUCGAUAAUCGAUAUAUCAAAAUAUUUAUAAAAAUUUUUUUAUUUUUAAAAUUUUAUAUUUCGAUCUAUAUUAAUUAAUAUUUUGCUAUAUUUUAAUAUACAUAUAUAUCCAUUGAUAUUUUGAUAUUCUAGUAAAUUUCUCUACGUAUAUAUUUAGUAAAACUUGAUUAUUGAUUAUUAUUAUCGAUCUUCGAUAAAUGCUCUGUAAAAAAAAUAAAGCGAUAUCCAUUAUUAAAAGUCGUUAUAACGAAAUUUUUAAAAAAAAAUUUUCUGUUUAAACAACAUUUCUUACUUUUUGUACGAAAUAUUUGAUAAUAUUAAUUAUCAAAUAAUAAUUUUUUGAAUUUUAAUAAUUUUGAAUACUAUAAAAAAAAGUUUGAAGUAAUGUUUCAAGAAAAAGGAAUUUUCGCUGCUUCGGUUCAAAAACGACUGGGAAAAUAUUGACUGGUCACUUCUGAAAUUUUUGUUUGUUGAAACAAGUUCUUCGAAACAGCCAAAGAAAAUAAAAAAAAAAAAAAAGUUAACGAGUCUUUUGUAAAUCCAACGACGAAACCUUUGGGAACUGAAAACCGUUAAAAAUAGAUGUUUUUUUUUUUUGCUAAGCAUAAUUUAGUUUUUAGCUAAUGAUAAUUAAAUAUGUAUAAGAACGAAGAAUGAAAAAAAAUCCUCUGAAUAAUCGUCAUUUUAAGAAUGAAUUCACAAUUGGGAAAAAGAAUAAGAAAUUUUUUUUUCAGUUUAUGAUUUAAAUUUUUGUAUUUUUUAUCGUUUAGUAAUAAUUUGAGAAAAUUUACUUUUGAAAAUAUUUUUUUUUUUGCCUUUUAAUUGUGGAAAACUCUUAUUCUUUUUAAACAUAAAGAUAAUAACAUAUAAAAUAAUUGAAAGUGAUUAUAUUGUGGUUCGCUUUCAUUAAUUUUUACUCUUGGUGCUUUAUAUGCAAAAAUGUGGUUUUUAAUUAUAAAUGCGCGUGUUUUUGCAAAAAUAAAUUUUUAAUAAAAUUUUGCGAAAAAAAUGCUACUACAACUAUAAUAUAUAGACAUAAUUCGAAACCCUGAAAGGCUGUUUUUGUUAAAUUUUAACGGGGAUCGAAUAAAGUUGGAUGUUCUGUAAUUUAUUUUAUUUUUAUGUCUAUACAAUAAAAAUAAACGAAUUUAAAUUUG